AUGGUGGGAGUAUACCGAGAACAAAGCGUCCAAGACGCCUCUACCCAAACCGACCCCGCCACCCUAGCUGCACUCGAACUCCCCCAAAUCACCAACCUAAACCACUUCGAACAAGCAGUCGAAAAGGCAAAUUCAGAUUGCAUCGAAUUCCGCAUGGAAAUGGAAGAUUCAAACCCCGUUCGACUCACCGGAACCCGUGUAAUUGACGGCAUGAACAACCUAUCCCUAAGCAUCGAAUUAACCUGUCAACAACUCGAAGCAAACGAAUACUUUGCACUCAACCAUUUCCGCAACGUUCACAUGGCCCUGAGGACUAUGACGAAAUUUCAGCCUUAUUAUCUAGACCCGGAAGAACAGAGAAAAACAGAAUAUCUUUGCGACCUAGUCAACAGGAAUUUCUAUUGGGGACUGACCACCGAACUUAAAUGCCGCGAGGUUCUCCAAAAAGCAGCGGUUUUUAAAAUUCACAAUUCGAAUAGGAUUCUGACGAGGAGGAAUUAUGAGGAGUAUCUUUCCCAUUUGCUUGCACUGAGGGAAAAGACAAAUGACUGCGUGAAUGAUGUCGCAGCGAUGACGGCGUUUAUGCUUAACGAGAGACGGGCGGCUGUGAGAAUGUUACUCGCCUGUCGGAAAUAUAUGGCCCUGCAGAGGAAGAGACCUUAUUACCCUAGGCUUUGUCGAUGUCGGGGGCACGAUUGGGGACAAGCCAACUGGGAAAGAUUAGGUCUUCCGGUGAUUAGCGUAUCGCCUAGUGGUAAUGCUAAGGGAUUCAUUCCCGUUUAG